ACCGCGGCGAGGCUCAGGCCCGGCGCCGGGGGGCGCCCUAAGCCGCGGGCGCUGCUCGGCUCCCCGCCCCCGCCCGCGCGCCCCCCGGGCAGCUCCAGACGCGCGGACCCGCGCGGCGACGCCGAGCCGCCGCCCUCCGUUCCCUGGCAGUGAGCGCUCCGCCCGCCCGCCGGCAGCUGCCCCGCGCGGCUAGAGGGAGCGAGUGCCGAGCCUGAGCGUGCCGAGGCGGGGAACCUAUCGGAGCCGGCCGACUGCGCGGGGCGCGCCGAGCCUCCGGACAAUGGGGCCGCGGCGCCUGCUGCUCCUCGCCGCGGGACUGAGCCUGUGCGGCCCCCUGCUGUCCGCCCGCACGCGAGGCCGCGGGCCAGCAUCAAAAGCAACAAAUGCUACGGUGGCUCCCCGGUCAUUUUUUCUCAUGAAUUCCAACGAUCGAUUUGAACCAUUCCCGCUAUGGGAGUAUGAGGAAAAUAAUGAGAGCGAGUUAACUGAACACAGAUUAAGCUCCGCCAAUAAAAGCAGCCCUCUUCAAAAACUACCCCCUGUGUUCAUCUCAAAAGAUGCCUCGGGAUACCUGACCAGCACCUGGUUGACCCUUUUCAUCCCCUCAGUCUACACUGGCGUCUUUGCAGUAAGCCUUCCUCUAAACGUCCUGGCCAUCGUUGUGUUCGUCCUGAAAAUGAAGGUCAAGAAGCCCGCUGUGGUGUACAUGUUCCACCUGGCCAUGGCUGACGUGCUCUUUGUGUCUGUGCUCCCAUUUAAGAUCAGCUAUUACUUUUCUGGAAGCGACUGGAAAUUUGGGUCUGAAAUGUGUCGCUUCGUCACAGCAGCGUUUUAUUGUAACAUGUACGCCUCCAUCAUGCUCAUGACAGUCAUAAGCAUUGACAGGUUUCUGGCUGUGGUGUACCCCAUCCAGUCCCUCUCCUGGCGCACUCUGGGGAGGGCUUCCUUCACCUGUCUGGCCAUUUGGGCUGUGGCCGUCGCGGGGGUGGUGCCCCUUCUCCUCAAGGAGCAAACCACCCAGGUGCCGGGGCUCAACAUAACCACCUGUCACGAUGUGCUCAAUGAAACCCUGCUGGAAGGUUAUUAUGCGUAUUACUUCUCAGCCUUCUCCGCUGUCUUCUUUUUUGUGCCAUUGAUUAUUUCCACCAUCUGUUAUGUGUCUAUCAUCCGAUGUCUUAGCUCUUCCACAGUCGCCAACCAGAGCAAGAAGUCCCGGGCUUUGUUCUUGUCGGCUGCUGUUUUCUGCAUCUUCAUCAUUUGCUUUGGACCCACAAACGUCCUCCUAAUUCUGCACUACUCAUUCCUUUCUCAUACUUCCACAACAGAGGCCGCCUACUUUGCCUACCUCCUCUGUGUCUGUGUCAGCAGCAUAAGCUGCUGCAUUGAUCCCUUGAUUUACUAUUUUGCUUCCUCUGAGUGCCAGAGGUACCUCUACAGCAUUCUGUGCUGCAAAGAAAGUUCUGAUCCCAGCAGUUAUAACAGCAGUGGUCAGCUGAUGGCAAGUAAAAUGGAUACCUGCUCUAGUAACCUGAAUAACAGCAUAUAUAAAAAGCUGUUAACUUAGGAAAAGGAAUUGCCAGUAAAUUAAAAAGAAAAGGUGAAAAAAGCAAAAAAAAAAAACCCUGAGGAUUCUGUUAGUCCCUACCAAACAAGUAUUCACUAUGCCAUCUAAAAUGCCAAAUGUAUGAUUUGCAUGCUUCCUUCUUAUAAGAGCCACUAAGCAUAUAUAUUUGCUACUUAGGAAGAGAUAGCAGGAAUAGAAAACAAUGUUAUUCCAAGAGAGUAUUUCCAAUGCUACAAUAAUAACUGAAUGUCACUUUUUGAUAUAUUUAGGUGACUUACUACAUUCACGUGUGUGUAUAUGUAUACACACACUUGUAUCAUUUACAGUAAAGUAUAGAAUAAGCACUUUGAAACCCUGCUUCUUUUUUUUUUUUUUUUUUUUUUUUUUGGUGCAGAUAAAUUCUGAUUCUUUGAUUUAAUGUGUAAAGUUUAGGUUGGUGGAGUUUAGCCCUGAACAUCUGAAGAUGUCCUUCAAUAGUGAGGGAUUCUGUAGUUUGGGCUUAUCCAGCUUUUUGCAAAUAAGUGUAUUUUGACAGUGUACAACAGCAGUGUUUCCAUUACUUAGUACUAUCUGUGUAUAGAAAAUCUACAAUUUUUCAUUUGAAACAUAUCAGAAUUUGAGUCUUUAAAUUAUGAAAACAGAUGAUAGGGGCAGCAUUUUUGACAUUUUACACACUCUGUAUGUACCAAAAAUAAGCAUAGGUCCCACUAGUGACUUUAGGUUGGCUUCCAAAAUGACCUGCCCCCCAGAUGGAGGACUCCAAGCAGUAGAUAUAAAGCAAGGCCAUUUCAGACACAGACUGGCCAGGAACCCUCCUGCUGAGCCUCCAGAGAUCAGAGGGAUCAGGACCACACAUCUGCUCUCUCCUCCUGGGGAUCCUUUGAGGUUGGCUGUGAACUAAUCAUGUCUGUUAGAAAUUGGCAAAGGAGGGUGUGCUAUCCCAUGAGAUAAUGAGUGUAUAAGACUUUGCCCAUUUUAAGAACAAAGAAAGAAGGCACAUUCAAUUCCAGCAGUUACCCUGCAAGGACCACGUGCAGAUGGCACCCGUGGGGCAAACAUGAAUGCCCACUGUGUGCUCUGGGCACUCUGCAGGGUGCCUGGUAUAGAGUGUUGAAUAAGACUGAGACCUGCAGUAGACUGAUACGUACAUAGUAAAUAUGUCUUUAUAUAAAGAAGUGUUCUUAGCCAGAUGUCACUAAGCAAGUUUCAUAUAAGCAAGGCCUGUCAGUUGAAGAACUUAAACAUUUGGGAUGCUAUUUCCUGGGUAAUAACUUGAAGUGAAAAUAUAAUACAGGAAGUGCAUUUUUCAAAAAAAGCCCUUCAAUCUACAUUAAUUGGACACUAGAUACAAAUAUUUUCAAUAAACUGUAUCAGGUUUUUAUAACGAAUCAAUUGUACCAAUCUGAAAAAUAUGAAUGAAAUUGAUUUUGAAAUGUUUCCACUUUUCUUUAGAGUUAAUAAGAUGAUUUAAAAAGCAUUUUUAA